AUGCAGGGUCUCUUAGGUGGUGCUGAAUGUGGAACUUCGUCCAAUCCUCUCAAGCAAGUCGCGCAGAGAGAGGGCAUUGAUAAUAGUCUCUUCAAAGACCGAUUCGCCCAGUCCCCCUCAUCGACCCCCAACGCUUUCCGCCCCGCCCCCGGCCCCUCUCAACAACAACCCACCUCCAUCCCAACCCAUGGUCCGAACUUGCACGCCAACGCUACACCUCAUCCAUUCAACCUCUCGCACCUUUCUGCUGCUCUUUCCCAGUCUAGGAGCGGGAGUUCUUCGCCCCAGUCUCAUGCUCAAGCUCAAGCACAAGCUCAGGCGCAAGCACAGGCACAGGUGGGUUUCGCGCAAGGUUGGGAGCGGUAUCAGAUGAAUGGCGCGAGAUCACCACUUGCUCAGCAGCCCCAGUACCAUCCGAAUGGCAAUGGGGGAGGGUGGGCGAAUGGGUUCCAAGAGUUCCAGAGUAGUGGGAAAGGCAAACAACGGGCGGAACCUUUACCUCAGCCUCAGGCUUAUGCGCCGGUGGAGGCUCAGCAGGGGUACCAGCCCCAUCAGCCGUAUCAAGGGUAUCAGUCCGGAUUGAGCAUGGGAGGGGGCAUGGGCAUGGGCAUGGGUAUGGGUAUGCAUAUGGGGCACCAACCAUUCACGCCCAUGUACCAAAACCACCUCUCCCACCCUCCCUCCCAACUCCCCACCAACGGACAUGGUUCGGCCGGGGCGGAACAGCUGGAUCAGAAGCAGAUGGAAGAUCUUUUCAGCCAAGCUGAGUCCGACUGGAAAGCUUCCUCUGCUCCCGCCCAGUCGCAAGAAACAAAUCUAGAUGCCCAGGCGGAAGAAGCGCACGAAGGCGAUGAGGAGGGAAAGGAAAAGGAAAGGGGAGAAGGGGUGGAGGAGGAGAAGGAGGCGAAAGGGGAUUUUGAAAAGGUGUGGGAGAGUUUGAAACCAGAGGCGGAGAGGUUGAAUGAGUUGGCUCAGUGGGAGAAUGACUUUUCUCAACAGUUUACGAAUGACGAAGACGAUUUGUUUGAUAUCCUGAAUGAAUCCCUCAACAGACCGGAUGUUGGGCAGAUGGGGUUGGAUCAGCAGUGGGAGGGGUUGGAACAAUCGGGGGCGGAAGCGCUGGGGAGAGGGUUUGAGGUGAGAAGUGAUGGUUUACCGGCGCAGACCCAAACCCCCGAAGCCCUCAAAUCCAUGUCCGCCUCAUACAUCUGGGCCGAAGCAAACAAGCUCCUAGCCUCCGGCUCCCUCUCUGCAUCUGCAAACCACAUCGAAGCCUUCAUCCAGCAAUCGUCCGCCGCUGAACGGCAGCAGAUGGAAGUUUCGUUGACGGAAGCGUGGGCGUUGUUGGGGAGGGUGCAUGCGAUGGAUGAGAAGGAAGAGAAGGCGCUGGGGGCGUUCCAGAAAGGACGAGAGGUUUUGGGUCAGGAGGGGGCAGCGGGCAAGGAGGGCAUCGCUGGGGAGAUGCUGACUAAUCUGACAAUCUCAUACGUGAACGAGUCGCUCGACCUCGCAGCUCUCACAACUCUCCACACCUUCCUCACCCUCCUCCACCCCUCCCACGCCGGACCAGCACCAUCAACCUCAUCUCCCCUCCUCGACCCUUCUUCAGCCUCCUCCGCCUCCCCCUGGGCUCUCCACUCCCAAGUGUCCGACUCCUUCCUCUCCCUCGCCCGCGACCAAUACUCCCACGGCGGCGUCGUCGACCCAAACGUCCAAGUCGGCCUCGGUACCCUCUACUACAUGAUGGGCGAGUACGACCAAGCCCGCGACUGCUGGGUAUCCGCCCUCAAAGAAAGGCCGGAUGAUUACCUGCUCUGGAAUAGGCUUGGGGCUACGCUGUCGAAUGGGGGUAGCUCGGAGGAGGCGGUGGAUGCGUAUAGGAGGGCGUUGGAGUUGAAGCCGGGGUUUACGAGGGCGGUUAGUAAUCUUGGGGUGGCGUGUUUGAAUAUUGGGGUGCAUCGGGAGGCGGCGGAGCAUUUCCUCGCGGCGCUCUCGUUGCAUCCGUCCCAGCAAGAAGGCAUGAACCCUCAACAGAUCUCGAACGACUCUGCCGCCCUUUGGGGGACUCUACGCAAGGCUCUUGUUGCUAUGGAUCUGCCGGAUUUGGCAAGGAAAGCGAGGCCUGGGACGGAUUUGGAAGAGUUCAGGCGGGCGGGCUUUGAAUUCUGA